AUGCGUUGUCAUUACGAAGUGCUUGAGGUGGAACGUACAGCUGAUGAUGAGCAAAUUAAACGCGCCUAUCGUAAAUUGGCUUUGAAAUGGCAUCCGGAUAAGAAUCCGGACCGGAUCGAUGAAUGCAAUCAGUAUUUCCCGUUGAUUCAGCAAGCAUACGACGUUUUGAGUGAUCCUCAAGAAAGAGCAUGGUACGACAGGCAUCGAGAUCAGAUUCUGCGAGGAGGAUUCGACGAACACUAUCAAGACAACAGUUUGAAUUUAUUUUCAUACUUCUCUUCCAGUUGUUAUACGGGAUUCGGUGACGAUGGUAAGGGAUUUUACGCAGUCUACCGACAUGUUUUCGAGACACUGGCUGCGGAGGAUUACGAGUUUUUGAGUGAUGACAUGGAGAUGAGAUAUCCAUCGUUUGGCGACUCAAAGAGCUCAUAUGAGGAGGUGGUUGGACCAUUCUACGGAUUUUGGCAGAGCUACUCGACAGCCAGGUCGUUUGCCUGGUUAGACAAGUAUGAUAUCCGGUCGGCGCCGAAUCGUUUCGUUGUGAGGGCCAUGGAGAAAGAAAACAAGAAGUUAAGAGAUGCGGGUAAAAAAGAGAGAAAUGAAGAAGUCAGACAUUUGGUGGCUUAUGUGCGGAAGCGUGAUAAACGACUGCUGGAAUAUCGAAAGGUUUUGGAGGCCAAAAAAUUGGAACAACAACGAAAAAACGAAGAGAAUCGGGUGAAUAUGAUUCGCGAAAGUCUUAGGCAAAUGGGUGAAUACAAGGAGUCAGAGGAGGUUCGCCAAAAGCAUUUGGCGAAUCUACGCGAAAUCGAGGAGGCAUUGGAUUCGGAAUUUGGUGUAGACUCGAGCGAAGCGGAUUCAGAUGGGGUGUUUGCGGACGGUGAAGAGCAAGAUGGGGCAGCAAGAGCUGCUGGUGCUGUUCCACAACAAUUGUAUUGUAUCGUUUGUGAGAAAGCCUUUAAGACUGAGAAAGCGAUGGCCAAUCACGAGCGGUCGAAAAAGCAUCGUGACGCAGUCAGCGAAUUGAAGAAGCAUAUGCAGGAUGAGGAUUUGCUAUUACUUGAGGCGGAACCACGAUACGAAGAUGGUGAAUGUAGUGAUGAUGAGCGCAUAUCGCCACAGGAUGGCGUGAAAACUCGUGGAAGCGUUGCAGCGUGGUCCGGCUCAAAGAAGAGCAAACGGCAGAAACGUCGAGAUAGGAAGAAGGUGGGUGGCUUAGAUGUGGCGGAUUUGGAUGAAGGCGAUCAUCUGGAUGGCGAGGGAACACGAAAUUCGGAUGGUGAUUUGGAAAAUGGCGUUGAUAUUGGGCUGCAAGAUGGCCAGGACGAGGCGAAUUUUGAGGCAUCUGGUUCGGUGGUAGCGGGAAAUUCAAAUGGUAUGGAGGAAACGACCGAAGAAACGAACAUUUUCGUGAAAACGGCAAAUUUAUCGGUGAAAAAGUCUGAGAAAGAUGGAGUGAAAAAAUUGAAACGACGAGAUGGCGUAGUGGUCGGGAAUAAGGGUCAGGCUAAGGAUAGGGAAGCUGCAGCGGGGCCAAGAGCUGCGAUGUGUGAUAGUUGUGGAGAGGUUUUUGAGUCAAGGACGAAAUUAUUCGCGCAUCUGAAGAGUUCUGGUCAUGCAACGCUGAAAGCGGAUCAUUUACCCGCGGGGAACAAUUUACCUGCGGAGAAAAAGGGUAAACGGAAGUAG